AUGGCAGACAGUUCAGUUGUGGAUUCAGCAGCCAAAUCGACACCCGCUGAUGAAUUUGCGUACGCUGGGAGGCUCGGUUAUCCGCUAAAGAUUCAUCCUCGCGUAGGCUCGAAUGGCUUGGAGAACCCGAUGGACUUUUUUGCCGACCUCUUGGGAUCACGCAUCCCGUCGCGUACGGGCAGGAAAAACAGCGAUAUGCCUUCGAGCGAUCAAUAUAGUGAUAUGGAGAAGUCAAUUCCGCAGUUCGAUCUUGGUUGGGACGCUACUCCUGCUCGUGUGGUAUUGCCAUCCAGUGAUGCAAGGUCUUCAAAUCUGCCCCGUCCUAAAAUCUCGACCCCCACACGCGAACUUACUGCUAUAAGCUCAAAUGAUGCCUUUGAUUUGAUUGAUGGUGGCGACCUACCUCCUCCUAGCCCAAUUGGUUUUGACGAUGACCCCGGAAGCUCUACAAUCCGUGAUUCUGUCCAAGUAUCCAGAGUCCGUCCGUACACGUCUUCAAAACCGGACCCUGUACCCUCUUUUCAAAUAUUUGCAUCUUCUGACUCUGGAGUCGGAGGAGUGGCCACUCGAAAUGAAAAGACCACCCAUCCUGCUUCAAGUCCGUCGAAUAGUGGAGGCACUUCGCUCGGAAUCUAUAGGUCUGCAAAGCGGAAGGUCGCGAUACCGCCCGUCAAUCAAAACAUUCUGGACGAGGGAGACUACCAUGAUUACCAGGAUAAUUAUAUGGAUGCGCAGGACGAUGUCGUGAGUGCACAAGACGAUUAUAUGAUUUCACAGGACCACAUCGAUGAGCCAGAUCAAUACGAGUUCCCUCAGCAGAGUCGGCCGAAAGUAUACGAAGAUGGAACCAGUGACUCUGAGUCUGAUAUCCACAUUACUAGCCGAGUCAUACCGCGGUCCAGUGAUGAUGAAAAUGCAGAGUCUGAGCUUGAUGUGAGUGAUUAUAAUUCCGAUGCCUCAGUUAUGGAUAUGGUUGUGGGGUACGAGAAUACCACCCUGGACUAUAAUGACUUUGAUCCCACAAUGAUCACGGAAGAUAGUGACAUUUACGAGGAAUGGGAUACCGGAGAUAUGGAGGGAGAGACGACCCUAGUUGUGCCCCGGACGGAACCGCCCAAUUACAACAGUGCAGGGCUGAGACGAAGUCGGAGACAUAAAAUUGAGCCAGUAAGAUACUGGCUGGGCGAAAAGCCAGUAUACAAACUGUCGAGAGGAACGUUUCUGCCUACCUUGAAAGAAGUGAUCAAAGUCGAAGACCCGGAACCCUCCGUGCCAAAAGCCCGGCCGCGUAAAAAGAAACGCAACGACGACUUGGCUGAUUCUUCAGUUGUUGUUGCUCAAGUAUUUGAUGCCGAGAAAAUGGGCUUUGAGUUCCGAGAGGUCGCCAAGAAACUCGACUGGGAAAAUAUGCAGCCGACUAGAGGCAACCCCAAGGUCAAAGUGCAAGUGCUAUUCCCCAAGUUCGACAAUCUGCCAAUUUCAAUUGAGGGCCUCUGUUUCGAACGGGGCGCCAAAAUCCCUGAGCAAAACACUGGGCCCUAUGCCUAUGUGGUUUCGGUGUUGACCGGCCAUUUCCAGUUCCAGCUACACCAAAAGACCAUCGAACUACGACGUGGUGCAUCGCUGGGAGUGCAACGAGGGAACGAUUUUGGCGUAGAUAAUGUCGGCCCUGGCCAGGGAACCCUCUUCAUGAUCAAGAUUCAUGCAGACAUGUUUGAGCGGGGUAUUCUGAACGAAGAGUCAUUCAGCAACCUUCCAGAACAAAUGAGCCGCUCAAUGAACGCUCAAGAAAGCAGAGACAGCCAUGUCGCUGCUGAUAUUUAA